AUGGAAACACUGGAGUCUGAGCUGACGUGCCCGAUCUGCCUGGAGUUGUUUGAAGACCCCCUGCUCUUGCCCUGUGCCCACAGCCUGUGCUUCAACUGCGCCCACCGCAUCCUGGUGUCUCACUGCUCCACCAGCAAGCCCCUCGAGUCCAUCUCAGCCUUUCAGUGCCCCACCUGCCGUUACGUCAUCACGCUGAAUCACCGCGGCCUGGAGGGCCUUAAGCGCAAUGUGACGCUGCAGAACAUCAUUGACCGCUUCCAAAAGGCCUCAAUCAGCGGCCCCAACUCCCCCACCGAGAGCCGGCGCCUGCAGCCGCAGCGGCCCUACACCGCCACCAUUAGUGGCACAAUAGCCGGGACGAUUGGCGGCGGCGGCGGCGGCGGCGGGACGAGUGGAGGAAGUGCCCGUGGCAGCCCGGCCACUUCCAGCCACUCCCACCCGCACGCCAACCACGUCAACCACUCCAACCACACCAACGCCAACCACAGCCCGGCGGUCGUGGCGAAGAUGGACCCGCGCAUCAGCUGCCAGUUCUGCGAGCAGGAUCCCCCGCGCGAGGCCGUCAAGACCUGCGUCACGUGCGAGGUGUCGUACUGCGACCGCUGCCUGCGCGCCACGCACCCCAACAAGAAGCCCUUCACCAGCCACCGGCUGGUGGAGCCCGUGCCCGACACCCACAUCCGCGGCCUGACCUGCCUGGAGCACGAGAACGAGAAGGUCAACAUGUACUGCCUGGUGGACGACCAACUCAUCUGCGCCCUCUGCAAGCUGGUGGGGCGCCACAGGGAGCACCAGGUGUCCUCCCUCACCGAGCGCUUCGACAAGCUUAAGCAAACCCUGGAGAACAACCUGACCAACCUGGUAAAGAGGAACAGUGAACUGGAGAACCAAAUGGCCAAACUUAUCCAGAUCUGUCAGCAGGUUGAGGUGAACACAGCAAUGCAUGAAGCAAAGCUGGUGGAGGAGUGCGAUGAGCUGGUGGAGAUCAUCCGACAGAGAAAACAGGUCAUCGCUGUGAAGAUCAAAGAGUCCAAGGUGAUGAAACUGCGCAAGUUGGCCCAGCAGAUCGCAAACUGUCGCCAGUGUCUGGAGCGCUCCAGUGCUCUCAUCACGCAGGCCGAGCAGAGCCUGAAGGAGAAUGACCACGCCCGCUUCCUCCAGUCUGCCAGGAAUGUUGCAGAAAGGGUUGCCAUGGCGACGGCUUCCUCCCAGGUACUCAUUCCUGAUGUCAACCUGAAUGAGGCUUUUGACAACUUUGCUCUUGACUUUUCCCGAGAGAAGAAAAUUCUUGAAGGACUAGAUUACCUCACAGCUCCCAACCCACCAUCCAUCAGAGAUGAGCUGUGCACCGCCUCCCAUGAUACCAUUACUGUUCACUGGACAUCUGAGGACGAGUUCAGUGUCACCUCCUACGAGCUACAGUACACCAUCUACACCGGCCAGACAAAUUUCAUCAGUUUGUACAACUCUGCGGACAGCUGGAUGAUUGUGCCGAACAUCAAGCAGAACCACUACACAGUGCACGGCUUGCAGAGUGGGACCCGGUAUAUCUUUUUCGUCAAGGCUAUCAACCAGGCUGGAAGCCGCAACAGUGAACCCGCCCGCCUCAAAACCAACAGUCAGCCUUUCAAGUUGGACCCGAAGACAGCCCACAAGAAGCUGCGUUUGUCCAAUGACUGCCUCACCAUGGAGAAGGACGAGAGCUCGCUGAAGAAGAGCCACACCCCGGAGCGCUUCAGCGGCACGGGCUCCUACGGAGCUGCCGGGAAUGUCUUUAUUGACAGUGGGUGUCACUACUGGGAGGUGCUGCUGGGAGCUUCCACAUGGUAUGCUAUCGGCGUGGCUUACAAAUCAGCCCCGAAAAACGAGUGGAGCGGCAAGAACUCUUCCUCGUGGGUGCUGUCCCGCUGCAACAACAACUUCAUGGUGCGGCACGAUGGGAAGGAGAUGCUGGUGGAGGCCAGCCUGCAGCUGCGGCGGCUGGGGGUUCUGCUGGACUACGACAACAACUCCCUGUCCUUCCACGACGCCAUGAAUUCCCAGCACAUUCACACCUUCGAAAUCUCCUUCCUCCUGCCCGUCGUACCCACUUUCAUGAUCUGGAACAAGUCAGUCAUGAUCCUCUCAGGGCUGCCUGUCCCAGAUUUUGUGGACGGGGUGGCCUCAGACCUCCAGGAGCAGCAGCAGCAGCAGCAAAUGGGCCUGUGCCGUCAAGAGUCGCCGUACCUGACAGGGAUGAAGUCCUGCCACUGA